GCCAGACCAGUCAACAAUGCACUUGUAAUCACAUGGGAUGCUUUCCCUGAGAAAAAUGGUGAUCCAACGGACUUGGUGGCCACCUACUUCAUAAACAAUCCGGUUGACAUUGCACCUAAUUAUGAAGGCAGAGCCUCUAUGGAGGUGGAGGGACACGUGAGUAAACUGCGCUUAUCAAAGGUGACCAUGAAGGACAGCCGCCGUUACCAAUGCAGUGUCAUGAUCCCCAAUGAUGAUGAGGGGCAACCAGCGGCAACCACUUCCCUUUUGGUCCUGGUGCCUCCCUCUGCGCCGAUCUGCAUGAUUCAGGGAGAAGCAGCAUACUGGCACAACGUCAACCUCACCUGCAUGUCUAAUGAGGGAUCACCAAUACCUGUCUAUGAAUGGAGGAGCUACAGUGUCGAAAACAUUCAAAGACAAUUUCCACCUAAGACAAUUGAAAAGGAUGGAGUUCUAUCUCUCUUCAAUAUUUCGAGAGACACGUCUGGUUUCUACAUUUGCACAUCAACAAAUCGAAUUGGUUCUGCCAGCUGCAACUUUACUUUAGCUGUGAUGCCCAGCAGCAUGAACAUUGGGUCCACUGCAGGAAUAAUUGCCGGAGUCUUUGCAGGUGUCCUGUUGCUGGGGAUUGUCAUCCUCUGUUACUGCAAGAAAAAGGGCAAAAAGGAAAAGUAUGCUGAAGGUGCCCACAGAGAAGUGGAGUUUUAUGACAGCAAUGCUCCUGAAGUUGGAAAGCAGUACUGGGAUGACAAGUCAACCAGCGAGACACAGCAGGUCAACGAGCAGGAAGACAAAGUUGUUCCUCAAAACAAUUUCAGCGUAGGAAUGGCUGCACACAAGUUGGAGGAUGAUCAACACAGUUACUAUAGUGGUAAAGAAAGGCAUGAUGGCAAGGGCAGUGAUGUGGACUCUCGACGUUACCAGGACGACCAGCAAGAUCGCCGUCGUGGAAGUCGUGAUCGCCUUGACGAUGAACGUAGCCAUUACAGUGGAAGUCAGGAUAGGCUCGAUGAUCAGCGUGGCCGCUCCAGUGGUAGUCGGGAUCGCCUUGAUGAUCAACGUGGCCGUUACGGAGGCAGCCGCGAUCGCCUUGACGAUCAACGUGAUCGUUACGGUGGCAGCCGCGAUCGCCUUGACGAUCAACGCGAUCGUUACAGAGGCAGCCGCGAUCGCCUCGACGAUCAAUGCGAUCGUUACGGUGGCAGCCGCGAUCGCCUCGACGAUCAACGUGAUCGUUACGGAGGCAGCCGCGAUCGCCUCGACGAUCAACGCGAUCGUUACGGAGGCAGCCGCGAUCGCCUUGACGACCGCCGUGAACGUUCUGGUGGAAGCCGUGAUCGCCUCGAUUACAUUGACGAUCAAAACAAAAAGAGGUAUUAAUAACCUUGUGUUAGGCUACUGAAUGUUCUUUUAAUGCCCUAAAAAUUGUUUUUUUUUAUUGAUGCACUGUUUUAUUGGGUUUAAGGAUUGACUUAGUGCCUGGUCAUAACCAGGCAAAAAAAAACUGUAAAUGACCACGUAAAAGCCAGUGGCCUGGGGAACAAUAUAAGGCCUUGGUUUAUGUCUGAAAUUUUCAGGUAAUUAAUGCUGAUCUGACUGGGCCUUUAAAAAAAUUUCAGAAAAGUACAACUUCCCUGCAAAUAUGCUUCAAUCAAACCAACUCAACCUGGUAACUUCUGACCCUGCCACACCUAGUGUGCUAACAUUUCUUUUAGCCUGCACUGAAUGAAACAACAUUGUAUGUAGUAGGCUACUGUACAAAAAAUAACAAAAGUAUUUUGUAAUGAUGUAAUGUUUUCAUGUCCUGAUAUGGGAGUAUAAUACAUGAGGUGGUGAGGAACACCAUGACACAAAGCAGAG